AUGACAACUUUAGGAAAUACUGAUACUUCUAGCUACAAACUAUUAUACAAUACUAACAGUUCAAUCUUGAAAGAGAAAAGUUCUAUUAGUGAGGUAUCAAGCAAUACAACUUCAAGAGACAGCUCGACUUCAAGAGAAACAGUAAGCUUUAUUGAGAUAUCAACAUGA